GGUGACGUCACGGCGCUGCGAUGGCGCCCCGGCGCCCCCCGGAGCUGUACCGGGCGCCGUUCCCGCUCUACACUGUUCGCCUGCACCCGCGCCGGGCGCUCGCCAUCACCGCCGGCGGCGGCGGCGCCGCCAAGACCGGCAUCCGCAAUGGCGUGCACUUCCUGCAGAUGGAGCAGAUCGGGGGGCAGCUCAGCGCGUCGUACUGCACUGCCACGACACCGAUGACCCGCGCCACCAUGACCAUGGCGCUGGCCGGGGACGUGAUCGCCGCCGGGCAGGGACAAAGCUGCCACAUCCUGCGCUUCACCCUGCAGGAGCCCGAGGGCCCGGGCACCGCCGGGCGCGACGGCGGGGGGGACAAGGGCGUGCGGCGGCGGCGCGGCCCCGGCGGGGGGGCCCCGGGGGACACGCAGGGCCGGCCCCGCGAGGUGAGGGUGGAGAGCCUGCACCGCGUGCGCACCGACUUCAGCGCCGACGCCCUGCAGAAGGCCGUGCGCUUCAGCAGCGACGGCGCCCUGCUCGCCACCGGCGGUGCCGACGGCUUCCUGCGCCUCUGGGAGUUCCCCAGCAUGAAGAAGAUGCUGGAGUUCAAAGCCCACGAUGGGGAGAUCGAGGAUAUUGCGCUCGGCCCUGACAACAAGGUGGUGACGGCAGGGAGGGACUUCCAGUGCUGCGUGUGGCAGCAGGACCAGCUGGUGACGGGGCUGCGCUGGCACGAGAACCUGCCCGGCAUCCCCGACAAGGCCUAUCGCUACCAGGCCUGCCGGUUUGGGGCAGUGGAGGACAGUGCUGGGGCGCUGCGGCUCUACACGGUGCAGGUGCCCCACAAGCGGGAGCGCCGCCCCCCGCCCUGCUACCUGACCAAGUGGGACGGGAAGAACUUCCUGCCGCUGCUGACACGGCCCUGCGGCUCCGAGGUCAUCUCCUGCCUCUCCAUCAGUGAUUCGGGCACUUUCCUGGGGCUGGGCACAGUGACGGGCUCCGUGGCCAUCCACAUCGCCUUCUCGCUGCAGAGGCUGUACUACGUGAAGGAGGCCCACGGCAUCGUGGUGACCGACGUGGCCUUUGUCCCCGAGAGCCAGCCCGGGCGGGAGCUGCUGGGGGGCCACGAGGCCGCCCUGCUCAGCGUGGCCGUGGACAGUCGCUGCAAGCUGCACCUGCUGCCCACCCGACGCUCCCUCCCGGUUUGGCUGCUGCUGCUGCUCUGUGCCGGGCUCAUCGUGGCCACCAUCCUGCUGCUGCAGCUUGCCUUCCCGGGCUUCCUGUAGCCCCCCAGCCCCUGGAGGGGACCCCUCGGCGCCAGGAGCAACCCCCCAGCCUCGACACCCCCUCCCCACAGACUGUGAAACAGAAAAGGGACCAGCCCCGGCCCCACCCCCCGCUGGUGUUCGGGGUGUGCAGGAGGGGCCGGGGAGCUGCCCGGGGCCCGGCCCACCGGGACUGUGCGGGCAGCGGGGCAGGGCCAGCCCUGGGACAGGGGGCCUACCGGACACGGGGGUCCCCUGCCCCAGAAGGAGGGCGUCCUGCUGGCCCCCCGCCCCACUGUGGCCAUUAAACUGGAGCAUGAAGACAG